AUGGGGAGGAAGCUAGGGCUGGAGAGGGUGCUGGACUGCUUCUCGCUCUCGGUGUGCGCCAACGCCUGCGUCUGCGUGCACGCGGUGGAGGACGAGGACGAGGAGAACGAGGGGAAGGCCCUGGUGAGCGCGCAGCUGGACGAGCUGCUCAAGCUCAAGGACUUCGGCGGUGGGGCUAAGACUCUUGCCUUCCAUCUGGAGCCAAAGACAGUGGAGCUGAGGGUGUCCAUGCACUGCUACGGAUGCGCCAGGAAAGUUCAGAAGCACAUCUCCAAGAUGGAAGGUGUGUCGUCGUUUGAGGUGGAUUUGGAGAACAAGAAGGUGGUGGUGACGGGGGACGUGACGCCCUAUGAGGUGCUGCAGAGCGUCUCCAAGGUGAUGAAGUUUGCGGAGCUGUUGGUGGCCCCCAAGUCCCCGGCUCCGAGUAGAUAG